ACUCCGUAUCCGCUGGAGUGUGACGUCACGCUGCGGGGCGGGGAGACGCGGAACUAGCGGGUCGUCCGUGUUUCCGCGAAGACGAUCAGAGAUCGGAGGUUUUAAUAUUAUUAGGUAUAACCCUGUGAGGUGCCGGGGGACGAGGGGAACAGGGGGACGGCGGGGUGAGGAACGAGAGGUUGCUGGAGCGGGGACCGGAAAAUAGAGGAGACCCGUGGACUGCAGUGGCGAGGAGGAGGAAAGCCCCGAGCGGCUCGGCCCACGAACGGUGAGACACGCAUGGGACCCGGCGGGUGGCAGCUCCUGAACCCGACCCCAGCUUCCGGGGAUCACGGCCCAAACUGCACCACCUGCGACGGCGGCAGGAGCCACUGGCACCCAAAGAGGCGGUUGAGCUCAUCAGUCGCCGACGCUCGCUGACCGUGACCCGUGAUGACACCGAGUCCCGGUCUGUGGCUCUGCGCUGCCAGUAACGGCUCCAACACCACAUGCAGCAGCACCCCCGGCCGACAUUCAUGGCGUCUCUGAAGUCCCGAGCGGCACCCAGCGAGGGUCCCACAGGGAAACUGUGCGUGCACUACGUGCUGGUACGUCACAAGGUCAAUGGCUUCGGGAGCUUGGUCGCCAUCAACUCGGUGCUGCCAACGGGACAGGUGCUGCACAUCGCCCCAGAGGCGCAGGUAACGUGCAUGCCUCUCAGCUCAUUACCCCCCAAGAUAAAGAUGGCGAUAACGAGGACGGUUGCUCGCCCCCCCUCAGGGUCCAGCAGCACCGUCACCCUCAUAAGCCCCAUCGUUGUUGUCGGCUAUCGUGGUGCCGCCACCGCCGUUCACCCCAAUGGUACGGGUGGGCUUGUGCAUACUCGAUCUUUGAGCACCGGUGAUUUUAUCGACAUGGCCCAAGCGGAAGACUCAUGCUCACGCCAACACCUGCACUCUUCGGCGACCUCUGUGCUGGCAUGGUUGAAAGCCUCGCGGCAAACUGCCCCUGCAGAUCGGCCGGGCAGUGAGGGUGGCACAGUGCCACCGCUCCCCUACAGUGCCACCCCUGCUGCCUGCACCGCUGGCCACUCGGUGGCUGCGCCUACGGUGGCCUCCUUGGGAAGUUACAGUAUCAAGGCCGUGGCGAGUUCCACCAUGGUUACGUCUGCAGGCAUCGCCGACGACAACGAUGUGAAGAUUCCUGUGGCCGUUGUGCAUCGCGGUGCCGACAAAAAUGCUCCCGCGCGGCCUCCAUUGCCUCGCUCCGGCGGUGGCGCCAUCCCAGCGUGCGACAUUACUGCCACCGCAUUGCGGGAGGUCACAGUCACAAGGGUUCCAAACCCCGGGCCCUCUCCAGCGGCGAGCACCAAGGGGCUAGGCACCCUCAUCGUGUGCGAUAACUGGGCCUGCGUCAUGCUGACCGAGAGGAGAGGCGUGAGUGGAGACACCGUCACUCAUGGGCGGCGUGCAAUGGCUGACUUUUCUUCCAUCAUCGCCGCAGGCGGCGAUGAUGCCGCACCAGAGGCGAGCGAGACCUCGGAGCGACUCGGUGAUAUCGAUCUCGGCGCUGGACGGCUCUGCAACUCUGCUGGUGUGGGAGUUUGGCACGAGCAUGGGAACUCUGCUAGGGUUCUUGUUCAUGGUUCCAGGGUCCGAGGCUCGCGAGGUUCGCGAGAUUUACCGGCGGACAAGGUGAAGACGGCGCCUUUGAUGGGAGCGUGCCGUGCAAGCGGUGCCGGUGGGGAGGAGGUGGAGGUUCCGUGUGAGGAGCAAAUGUUGCUCAUACCGCCGGACAGGUGGUUGCUCACAGACCACAAGGUGCCCCGCGUGAUUAAGCCUCCACCGGAGGGCGUCGUGCUGGUUCCGGCCUCGCAAUUGCAGACACCCGGCGCCGCUGAGCGAGCCCUGCUGGCACGUGCAGGCAUCGCCACAGACGUGCGCGUGUACCUCCUACCCGUGCUGCAUGGGAGAUCCGGGUCACGCGGUUCCCUGUGCGCCUCGUCGGUCCCGUGUGUUCCCAACACCCCGAUGCAUCCUCGCCUCACCCCCCACCAGGCCUGGCAUCGACCACAACCCCAAGCGGUUGCUGAGCGCCGUUCAACACGACUGCAGAGACGCUCCCCGCGAGGCGCGGCACUCCCGUCCCUGCAGCACCAACCGUAUCGCAAGCAGCGCUUGGUGCCGUUGGUCGACGUGGCUUCCCUCGGGACGCUGCCACCGUGGCCACGCAGCCAUGGUGACGGUGCCAGCCAAGAGACGUGCGAGGCUAGCGAAGGGUCGCCGUGUGGCAGUGGCAGCAACGAUGACGUAAUUUUCUCCUCCGGAGAUAAUGGUGCGUGCAACGGCAUGGAUUGGACAAACGAGGUUUCCUGGGAGGGGGAUGUGGGGGAGUCUGGUGGGGAGGCCGGUUCAGCCCCGGAUCCCCCCCCCCAAAGAGAUGGCCACCUCGCCGGCCGGUCACCACGACGACGCGGAGCGACGUGACCGCCUGGCAUUGCUGCGGUUCGCCCUGAGGGAGAAACAAGAGGCUGUCGAGGAGGCCCUGACUUCAUCUCGACUGCACUAAUCCCUAUCCUCCCCCACCCUCGCCCCUCAAUCUGCUAGUGAUCUAACAAGCUACUGAAUGAACCCCAGGGAGCUUUGCUUUAAUAACUUAUUAUUUUGUUAUCUCCCAUAUGGAGAGUCAUUGUUAGUUUGCAUGCAAAGUGGAGAAAGCGAGGUGAUACAUCUUCUGAACCAAUGCUGACUCUCAUCUACCUACGAUCAUAUCACCCGGAAUACACCACCAGAUUCCAUUAGAUCUAGCAAUCUAAGCAGGUUUCAGUGGAUUGUGUGAAUGCGUGGGUAGUGUGAAAUUAGAUUUCAAUCUAAAUUUAAAAGUGCAUAGCUCCAGUGGCUUCCUAAUAACGGAAGAGCGUUUCAGAUGGCCACAGAAGUGCAUCUGAAAGCACGCGAUGCAGUGACAGUCUUUGUUCAAUGGCUAGCCAAAAGCCGCUGAGAGGAUGACCGGAGUUAGUGUGAUGGUUUAUGCUCCUUGACGAGAUCAGCAAGGUAUUGUGGUUCAUUUGUGGCAAGCGCUUUGUAAUGAGUGCGACCUUAUGUAAUUCGUUCAGCAACCGGAAGCCAAUGCGAUGGAAUGGUGCGCACUGAACUUGCAAUCCAAAUGUCCCCGGUUAGAUUCCACGUGAUUGGUUAACAGAAAUUGUGAUUUGUUAACGGAAAUAUACCCUGUGUCCUGACUUUUGGGCCCCCCUGCUGUAUAUGGCAUGCUAUUUGCUGCCCAAUAACUUUUUAAUGUAUCUUUCAUUAUCCACAUGAGAAAAUCAAAUCCAGAGGUUUCGAACAUGUUCUAUUAUAUUAUCAAUCACCUCUAAGUAUGCUGCAUUUCAAUGUUGUCGAGUUGCUACUGCUUGUGCCUAUUGAAUCGACAAUAAUGUACAGAAAAUCACCCAUUGUGGGGGUGACGUUUUUAAAGGUAGGCACAAUCCGUGAUCCACAAACUCAAAUGGGAAAACUAGGGUUUGGUUCAUGGUUCGUAAUACGACACCCACUCAUUUUGUUUUAUGUUCCCCUAUAUCAACAAAAACAUUAAAGAGAACGUAUUUUUAUUUAAAAGAAAGAUUUUAUAGUCUUAAAUAUAAUUAGUACAGUAAAUGUAUAGAAUACAAUUUAUGUCGUGUACAAAACUCUACGCGUAUCACGGGCGGCUGAACCUGACUGCCUCCUUACUGAAGGCUGGGAACACCAUGUUACCUGGAACCCGCGAUGGGCCGCUUGGAAGACAAGAUGUCGAAAAGAUGGAGCGUGUGUUCUUAUGCGGCAGCAUCGUUGCGAGCAAUGCAGUUACGAUGCUUACAGAAAUCUCGCGGUCAAUCGCGAAUGGUCGAGCCACGGGCAUGAACGACGAACUGUACCUAAAUAAUUUUUGCGCGAAUCUGCAAAACUGCGAUAACUAAACCCGCCAGAGGGGUUUGCUGCACAGUAAUACCCUAAUUUAUGUCUCUCCUUUUUACGUCCUUUUUGCAAAUACGUCGUCACUUGAUGAAUACCACGACCUGAUUUGCGUCGCCUCAACCCACACGGUGCUUACAGCAUCCGUCCAUUCUCGUAUCCGUUACCUCCACCUACCCCUGUACACAAACUACUUUGUAUCGUGCAUAAAGAAAUAUACUGUAGAGUACAAUAUAUUGUUUAUGUACCUGAUUUUGGUGAUUUGGAAACAUUAAUUUGUCGUUUCGAUAUUCGUCGCACAUUUCAGGAAGGCAUCCCCGAAAUAAACCAGGUAUUGCUGUAUAUGAAACAA